AUGACCUCACAUCAUCAGACCAUUGCGACAGUGUUUUUUCUUUGCCUACUUUUCUCCAUUCAUCAGUCACAUCGUGUGAACGAAACACUACCCACUUCUACUAAUGUCACUUCAAUGACACUGGCGACGAAACAGCCUCCAGUUGCUGUGUACACCAACAUCGAUUCAGUGAGGCGACACUUGACAGAUCCACGAUUCACUUGUGUGGACCUGCGUGAGGAUGCAGAUAUACUGUGGAUUUACGAGCAUUUCAAAGACUUCUUCAACUUAUCUCGGAGCUCUCGCUUGCAGUUCGUCAAUCAAUUUCCAGGCGAGCAAGUGAUCACCGUGAAGGACAUGCUCGCCUCUGUUGCCAGCCUCCGAACGCUUACUCGAGUUGACGAUGACCAUUUUUGUUGCGUGGAUGAAGUGGAUCGCAAACUUACCUGCCAUUGGUACCCGGUCACAUUCAACCUUGUGUACGAGCUGCCAGCCUUUGUAGCCUAUUUUCAAAAGAAGCAGGUAUGCUUAUCACUCAUUCAUUAG